CCUCUAUUCAUUGUGAUACUCUAUUCUGUUUAAUUUUAACAAAAAGAACUAUCUUAUUCAACUUUCAUUUUGAUUAGUGCCUGAGCAUAGCUCAAAUAUAUAAAAGUUAGAAAGACAAAUAAACAAAUCACAAUUUUUGCUGAUCUCAAAAUAAACGAAUAUCAAAGGAAGCACGGACUGCGCGCGUAAGGCUGUAGAAUCUAAGAAAACAAAAACUUAUCACCUUCACCAGUUUCACCAGUCUCUCACUUCACUCUCCGGGCCUUUACAUAUUCCCCUUACAUUACAACCGCAUCUUAACUUUUCAUCUUUCACACACACACACCCCACUGACACAACUCUCUCACACACAGUCACACACAGUCACACACUAACACACUUAAACAAAGAUCACAUAGCAAAGUGACACCCAACUACACAAGCGGCUAACUCCCAUAAGUACACACCAAUUCUCACUUCGUCUCCUCAUAUUUCCACUCUCUUCCAGAUUCCCCUGUCCUCCUCCUCACUUUUCACUCCCAACAAACCAAAAAUUCUCCAAUCACUGUAGCUUUUUUUUUUUUUUAAUUUUAAUUAUGGCUGUAAGCAACAACAUAACCGCAUUUCUAAACUUCCUAGCUUUCAUGUGCUCCAUCCCAAUCAUCGCCUCCGGCACCUGGCUCGCUUCCAAGGCCGACAACGAGUGCAUCCACUGGCUCCGGUGGCCGGUCGUCUUCCUCGGAAUAGCCAUCCUCUUGGUUUCCUUGACCGGCUUCAUCGGAGCCUACUGGAGGAAAGAAUCCCUCCUCGGUGUCUACUUGGUGUGCAUGGCCAUCCUCAUCGUUCUCCUCCUGGUGUUUAUUGUCAUGGCGUUUGUCUUCACCCGUCCCAGCGGCGCGUACCAUGUCCCCGGCAGAGAAUACGAGGAGUACCGCCUUGAUGGUUUCUCUUCUUGGCUCCGAGAUCAUAUUACCAGCUCUGAUAAUUGGGUCAAGAUUAGGGCCUGUUUGGCUGAUUCCGGGAUUUGUCCAAAACUUAAUCAGAAGUACAUCACUGUUGAUCAGUUCUAUGCCGGUCACCUCUCUCCGAUUGAGUCAGGAUGCUGUAAGCCACCAACCCUUUGUGGAUACCAGUUUGUGAACCCAAUAACAUGGAUAAAUCCGGCAACCCCAGUAGCUGAUGCGGAUUGCAACCUUUGGAACAAUGACCCUGGCCAGCUCUGCUAUUAUUGUGAUUCCUGCAAAGCUGGAUUGCUGGGAAACCUAAGAAGGGAAUGGAGGAAAGCCAACGUCAUUUUGAUCGUUACGGUGGUGGUUUUGAUUUGGGUUUAUCUCAUUGCUUGUAGUGCUUAUAGAAACGCACAGACGGAGUCGCUCUUCAACAAGUACAAACGUGGGUGGGCAUAAGGAAAACUAAAUGAAGCAAGAGCACAAUUUUGUGAUGAUUUUGGGUAUCUUUUUGGUGCCAUUUUGCUUUAUAGCUUCGAUGUUCACAUCUGUACAUAUUCUUUCUAUUAGUACUAAAUUGUGAGUUUUGAAUGGUUUAUUUUCUUUCAUCAUCCAUACUUUAGUAGAUUCUCGAAGAAAGAAAAUUAGACAGGAAUCGGGUCCGAAUCUGAUGAUCAACUUUUACUUACUUUUCCAAUAUCAGAUUCUUCUCAUCCCAGUUUGUCGUUUUGAGCCCAUCAUGUGCUCACUUUUUUUAAGUUAUUCUCAUGUAACAUCUGCCUAGAUGGUUUGGUUAUCUAGUACUGAUUAUUACUAAUACUAACACAGUAUUUACAGACUUUCUAAUGGGACUCAAAUAACUUGUAGUGUAUAGCGAUUGAUGAGACACAUUAUUAGCUAAUAAUGAUGCG